CCCCACCCGUUAGAAAAUAAAGCCCAUCCCUGGUCCAUCGAAGACCUUCAAGGUGGAAAUCCGCAGUCCCAAGACUUGCUCAAUGGGGUCGUCGCUUGAACCUCUUGCUUUUAAUGUCCCAAACAACCCCAUGAAGCCAGAAGAAGACUGAUGCUAUGCAGUAUUGUUAUUGUAGCUUCGGAGAGCUCAGAGGAGCAUUGGGUAUGGGCAGUGUGGCGGACUUGAAUCCCCAAUCGGCGGCGGAGAAAGCCGUCUCUGUUAUUGGGCUUGGAUACGAUCUCUGCAGAGAUAUACGAUUCUCUUCUUGCAAAACCGAGAGGUUGAUCGACAUUGAUCAGAAGCAGACGAGGGACGCCGUUUUCCCUGGGGGGGUUGUCGUUUCCGACGUUCCCACCUCCAUCAAGUGCGACAAAGGUGAGCGCACCAGGUUUCGCUCCGAUGUGCUGACGUUUAAUCAGAUGUCUAAUCAAUUCAAUCAAGAACUAUCUUUGUUGGGAAAAAUACCAUCUGGCCUUUUCAACGCCAUGUUUGACAUGAAACAGGGCUGGUCAAAGGAUGCAUCUUCCACCAAAGCCCUUGCUUUUGAUGGCUGGUUUAUAACAUUGUACAACAUUGGGUUAGACAAGACUCACAUGACUCUUUCUGAAAAGGUGAUUAAGGAAGUGCCUUCUUCGUGGGAUCCAGCUGCACUUGCUGGGUUCAUUGACAAAUAUGGAACUCAUAUUAUUGUUGGAGUGAAGAUGGGGGGUAAGGAUGUGGUUCAUAUGAAGCAGUUGAGAAGUUCAGAUCUCCAGCCCACUGAAGUGCAGAAACUCCUCAAACAAUUAGCUGAUGAGAGGUUUUCUGAGGAUGCAGAGCUAAGUUAUCCUGGCCAAGUAUCAGGAAAUCUACAGGUAAUAGAUGCGACUCUAAAUUUUCUGGAAUUGGAUCCCCUGGAUCCUACUUUCUUUCUUGCUCUUAAAAUCAAUACACUCAAGUCUUGCAACACUGAUCAUCAUGCUAAGAGGCCUUUUCAUGCUGCUGGCAGGCCAGUUGUAAAAUGUUUCUCCAAGAAUGAUGAUAUUGUGAGCAUUUCAGUUCGAAGGGGAGGUAUUGAUACUGGCCAACCUUAUAAUCAGUGGCUUUCGACCAUAUCACAAUCACCUAGUGUCAUAUCAAUGUCAUUUGUGCCUCUUACUAUGCUGCUGAACUCUGUUCCUGGCAAUGGGUUUUUGAGUCAUGCAAUGAAUUUGUAUCUGAGAUAUAAACCUCCAAUAGAAGAGCUUCAUCAAUUCCUCGAAUAUCAGUUGCCUCGACGAUGGGCUCCCGUCUAUGGUGAUCUGCCUCUUGGUUUUGGUGCUGGACUCAGAAAGAAGAUGUCACCCUCACUUAAGUUCAGUCUCACAGGACCCAAGCUUUAUGUUAAUACUGCAAAGGUUGACUCUAAAAAUAGACCUGUAACGGGUAUCCGAUUAUAUCUGGAAGGCAAGAAAAGUGACCAACUCGGGAUCCAUCUCCUACAUCUUUCAGAACUUCCUGGUAUCCUUUCAAUCUCAGAUGAUCAUGAGCAUGAACCUAUUGAUACAACAGUUGCAAAAGGCUACUAUGAGGCUGUGAAGUGCCGUAUGUUCUCCCAUGUGUGCACAGCACCAGUGCAGUACAACUCCUCCCAUAUAGACGAGUCCGCAGCUAUUGUAACAAAGGCCUGGUUGGAGGUCAAGUCAAUGGGAAUGAAGAAAGUUCUUUUCUUGAAUCUUGGAUUCUCAGCGGUUGCUUCAGCUACAAUCAGACGAUCAGAAUGGGAUGGGACAUUAACUGGAACUAAAAAGUCAGGGUUUUUCUCAGCAUUGAUGAGCACCACGAGGCUUAGCAAGGAAUUGGCUUCUCCUGUAAAGCCAGAAAAAGUGGAUAUAAAUUCAGCAGUUUAUCAAGGUGGCCCUCCUGUGCCAACUAGAGCUCAGAAAAUGCUGAGCCUCGUGGACACAAAUGAAACAGUUCGUGGUCCCGAGGAUUUGCCGGGAUAUUGGGUGGUUACUGGAGCAAAGCUUUGUGUAAACGAUGGCAGAAUCUCGAUCAAGGCGAAGUAUUCAUUGUUGACUAUCAUAUCAAAUGAUUUACUGUGAUAUGAAUGUCAAGAGAAGGAAUAAGGUGCAGUUCUUUAUAUGUUGUAAAUACAGUUAGUUUUAUCAUUUGUUCAAAGUCAGAUUCCACAUUUAUCUCAUCUGGCACAAAGCGCAUUGGAUGAGAGGAUUUUAGAUAGAGAUACGACCCGGGGGAGCCUACGAUUCCGAGGAGCUUCGUUGGCAAUUGGAUUUUGGGACGAGAUAUGAAAGUAAAUUAGAGUGGAUUUCACAUGUUGGCAUUAAUCUCAUGAGUCAUACCAUUAAUGUCUUGUGAAUAGUACAGUUUCCUACAUCUUUCAUAACAUGGUUCUUUUCCUUUGAUACUUGCCUUCUUGUUAAGUUGUAUAUUAUGUAUGUUUUUGUGAGUCAUUCAUACAUGUAUUCUAAACAAAGACAACAGUCUAUGGAAUUGGAUUAAAGAAAUGCUAUGAAUUUGCCAGGUA